CAAACCCAAACACACUGCAGCCAAGAGCCGACUCUGCAGCACAGUUUGAACAGAGUGAGUGGAAUCAGGAUUGCCCAGAGUAAAGGAAGAAUAGAGGGAGGGACCUCACAGGGGACGAGUUAGAGUAUGCUGGAUUAGCACGUGCUAGGGGCGAGAGAGAGAGAGAGAGAGAGAGAGAGAGAGAAAGAAAGAGAAAGAGCUUUGUGUGCCUGCUCUUUCACAGGCUCUGCAGUCGCGCAUGGCAUGACAGCUGGAACACAUGGGCUUCCAAGAGGACAAGGCAGCCUUGAGAUGACAUUUUCUUUCCACCGGUCUCUCUGCUGCACUGUUUCUUCUCGUCUUCCCUGAAGCUCCCAUCCUUUAGCAAACACAACUGAAUUAAUCAAAGCAGUCUGCGCUAAGAGGAUCAAUAGCUUCCGCUGUGCCGUACACGAGCUGAGCGUUCACUCUUGAUGCAUUUCUACCCGCUGAAGGAUUGUAUGAUCGGGACCUGCCUUGUUGUUUUGCUCUAUGGCAUCCCAGCGCAUUGCAGGACAGAAUAAAGGACAGAACUUUGUGCCACCCGAGGCUUCCCCGAUGCACGAGCGUGCAGCCUCUGGGCUGGAACGACAGUAUGGAUCUGACAGCGUGUGGGAAUAAUGAAGGGCAGUCUCGGGACUUUUUUACAAUGGGAUGAGUUUGACAUGGCUUCUGGGAGAAUGCAGAGCAAAAAAGAUGGGAAGUGAUGACACCUUUAGAAUGCUUUGGUUUUUGUCUGGACCCACUCUUACAUGGGUGUUUUUCUUUCCUUGUUAUGUCAGAUUUAAGUCCGGACAUGCUUGUUUUAUUGCCUUAUAACUUUCUUAUGGACUUUGUAACGGAUUAGAGCAUGUGCUAACAAAUCAGCAUGUCUUUGAAAAGCAUUUUAAGAGGAAGUAUGUAAGGCAGUGGGAAUAAUGACAUUCUGUAGACCUGUUUGAGUUUUUUUUUUUUUUUUUUUUCAAAUUUAUAAAAAAGGUUUUGUUUAGAUUUUGCUUGGCCUUAUAUGAAGGCUGGCUGUACUUGCACAGGACAGGAGCCAAAAAUGAUGCAAGUCAAUAAUUUCCCACUCAGGAGGCAUUCGUGGAUAUGUUUUGAUGUGGACAAUGGCACAUCUUCGGUUAGGAGUCCCCUGGAUCCCAUGACCAGUCCAGGCUCUGGCCUCAUCCUCCAGGCCAACUUUCCACACAGUCAGAGGAGGGAGUCGUUCCUCUACCGCUCAGACAGUGACUAUGACUUGUCGCCCAAGUCCAUGUCGCGCAACUCGUCCAUUGCCAGCGACAUGAAUAAUCAUCUGCAGAGGCCAGGCCUGGUGUCUCGGCGCUCUGAGCCGGUUAUUAGUGGAACCCAUGGGGAUGACUUGAUUGUAACACCCUUUGCCCAGGUACUGGCCAGUUUGAGAACAGUACGGAACAAUUUUGCAGCAUUAACAAACUUGCAGCAAGAAAGAACCACAAAUAAAAGGGCCCCCAUGUGUAACCCUCCUCCUCUCCCAAAAGCCUCCUUCACAGAGGAGGCCUACCAGAAGCUGGCGACAGAGACACUGGAGGAGCUUGACUGGUGCCUGGACCAGCUGGAGACCCUCCAGACCCGCCACUCUGUCAGUGAGAUGGCCUCCAAUAAGUUCAAGAGGAUGUUGAACAGGGAGCUCACUCACCUGUCUGAGAUGAGCCGAUCUGGAAACCAGGUCUCAGAGUACAUCUCCAACACCUUCUUAGACAAGCAGCAUGACGUGGAGAUGCCCACACCACAAACUCAGAAGGAGAAGGAAAAGAAAAAAAAGCCCAUGUCACAAAUAAGUGGUGUGAAGAAGCUAAUGCACAGUACCAGCCUCACCAACUCAAACAUCCCUCGCUUUGGGGUCAAAACAGAUACUGAAGACUCCUUAGCCAAGGAACUGGAGGACGUAAACAAAUGGGGCCUUAAUGUUUUUAGAGUCACAGAGUUUUCUGGAAACAGGCCGUUAACGGUGAUGAUGAACACAAUCUUUCAGGAGAGAGACCUGCUCAAGACAUUUAAAAUUCCAUUAGACACCUUUAUAACUUAUCUGAUGACCUUAGAAGACCAUUACCAUGCAGAUGUGGCAUACCAUAACAAUAUACACGCUGCUGAUGUAACACAGUCCACCCACGUGCUGCUCUCCACGCCCGCUUUAGAGGCUGUGUUCACAGACCUCGAAAUUCUUGCUGCCAUUUUCGCCAGCGCUAUUCAUGACGUUGACCACCCGGGUGUCUCGAACCAGUUCCUCAUUAACACCAACUCAGAGUUGGCCCUCAUGUACAAUGACUCAUCAGUGCUGGAGAACCAUCAUCUGGCUGUAGGCUUUAAGCUGCUCCAGGAGGAGAACUGUGACAUCUUUAAGAACCUUACCAAAAAACAGAGACAAUCCCUCCGGAAGAUGGUGAUCGACAUCGUAUUAGCCACUGAUAUGUCUAAGCACAUGAACCUACUGGCUGACUUGAAAACAAUGGUUGAGACAAAGAAAGUGACCAGUUCUGGAGUUCUGCUGUUGGAUAAUUAUUCAGACAGGAUACAAGUGUUACAGAACAUGGUGCACUGUGCAGACCUGAGUAACCCCACCAAACCACUGCAGCUGUACCGCCAGUGGACGGACCGCAUCAUGGACGAGUUCUUCAGCCAGGGUGACCGUGAGAGAGAGCGUGGCAUGGAGAUCAGUCCCAUGUGUGAUAAACACAAUGCCUCGGUUGAGAAAUCACAGGUGGGCUUUAUUGAUUACAUUGUCCACCCUCUGUGGGAGACAUGGGCUGACCUGGUGCACCCGGAUGCUCAGGACAUCCUGGACACACUAGAGGACAACAGAGAGUGGUACCAGAGCACCAUCCCUCAGAGCCCAUCUCCUGCACCCGAGCAGGACGACGAGGGCGGACGAGCUGCUGCGGCGAACACCACAGAAAAGUUCCAGUUUGAGCUCACGCUGGAGGAGGAUGGAGAAACCGACACGGAGAAGGACAGCGGCAGUCAGGCCGAGGAGGAGGAGGAGGAAGAGGAUGAGGACGAGGACGCCAAAACGCUUUGCACGCAGAACUCCGAGUGUACCGAGAUCUUGCUGGACGAGCAGGCAGAGGGUGAGGAGGGAGAGGAGGGAGAAGAGGAAAGGCAGGUGUGUGAGGAAGUUUCUACAGAUCCAAGUAUGGUAGAGGAAGAGGAGGAGGAGGAGGAGGAAGAGGAGGCGGAAGGAACGUAGCAGUGCAGGACACAUUCACUCACUGCUACUCAUGUCUCAGUGAAAUGCACAGUCAGAGGGAAUAAUAACGGUGGGAGGAGGAAAAGUUCCAAAGCGCACCUUGCACUCCACAACCUCAGCCGCUGCUCUCUGCUGGACACUUGAGGACACACUCUGGUACAUUGUCCUUUUUUGCACUCAGGAAUAACAUUUAGUUUAGUUUAUUUUUGCUGUCUUACUUGUUUACCUUCUCCCCCCUAAACCCCCCCUCCCAAGUCUGUGCUUCUUGGCCCUCAGCUGAGGAUGGUGUGUGGGUGUGUGUGUGUGUGUGUGUGUGUGUGUGUGUGUGUGUGUGUGUGUGUGUGUGUGUGUGUGUGUGUGUGUGUUUCCCCCUGGCACAUGGUUGGGAGCUAAACCACUGGGCUUUCAUCCCCUUUAUGUGGGUAGCAGCAAGAAAGAUCUAAAAGUCAUACACACAGCACAGAGCGCUGACGAGAGAUGGACUGCAGCAGCUACAGCCAACUGAGGUGGGGGGAUUUAUUGGAAUGUGUUCUCCGGCUUUUUCUACAUUUAAGUCUUCCUGAAAACCUGACUGAACCCACACACACACAAACACACACAGAGCUCAGUGCUGUCAAGGCCCCUUUGCUUUAUAUAUAUAUAUAUAUAUAUAUGUGUGUAUGUACAUAUAGUACAUAAAAACGAGAUUUUUUUUACACAAAUGCUUGUUUUCUUACAAAAACAGCAAAACUUUUAGUGACGAGUAACUUGCAAGUAUGUGUUGGGCAGCGGGUUUAGUGCGCUACUUUAUAUCUUCGUUCAACACUUCUGUGUCUGUUCCAUUCAUCACACACGAUCUUCAGAGGCGUUUCAUUCCUGUAUCUGUUCUUUUCUUUUCAUACAAUAUGAUUAACACUUACCUCUUGUGAGUCUCUGCCAGAAUAGAUUUUCUGUUUUUCUUUUGCUUGCUGUUGGACACACAGUUUUAAACCUUAUUAAAUAUCACACAAACACACACACAUAUUGCCAGGAAUGUCUACAUAGGCCAUUAGAUCAAAGGCAGUUUUUUCUAUUUCCUGUUACGCCAACAUUUAGACUGUUUUCUACCAACAUCCUGUGUUCAGUUUGUAUUGCGUCAGAUCUCACUUAGUGUUGAUUUUUCUAUGAGACAAGCAAUUUCUGAGACACGUGAACUGUACAUUUCGGUGCGUUAGAAGCUCAGGCUUUUCUAACCGACCUAAAUCGUGCUCCUUAUGAUAUGCCUUUUACAUUUCACUCCACUGGAGCUCAUAUAAAACAUGGUACGUGGUGUGUGUGUGUGUGUGUGUGUGUGUGUGUGUGUGUGUGCACGCACCAGUAAGUUUUCCAUUUGAAUAUACUGCCUAGAUUAAAGGACUAUCCAAAACCAUUGAAUAAAUUCUCAUUGCUCAUAGACACGGCGUUAGCGCUGUGUGUUACAAAUUGUCAGAGAGCUUUCUUAGGGCUAGAACACAACUCAAAUCUCUCACCCUUCAUGCCAAACCCACACUUACGCACUGUUCUUGCACUAUAGGACUCUCAGCACUUAGCCAAGUGGCUCUUCAUUUCUGUAUAUUUAUAUGUUUGUGGUUUUAUUUAUUGGUUUGUACGUUUUUUUUUCUUCUUCGUUGCUGUAUAUACAAAGCAGUACUGUAGAACAUGAACUGUAGCAUAGACAGCAUGUUACUUGCAAGUUACUUUCUUUCUGUUCUUUUUUUUUUUUUUUCGUCCAAACGGUGUGUACAUAGAACAAACAUUUUUAUGGAGAAGAUUCUUCACUAAAACUUGAAUCCUGGCUUUUAAGUAGUAGUGAUUUUUUUUUUUAUUUAAGUUGUGUGCCAUUUUUCUUGUUUUGCCUCACCAAAUGACCUUACCUGUUUAGGGGUUUCAUUUUUUUUUGUCUCUGUUUACAGACAUGUAUUUAUUGCAUUGUAUAUAUUGUAAUGUUUAUUGUACAUGAUAUGCGAUUCUUACUCUAUCAUCCCUAAUGGCGAUGGUGUUGCUGUAUUUAGUAAACUCUUAUUGAGAGAAUGUUUAUUAUUAGCUAUUAUACAAUGUAAAGAUUCUGUACAAACAAAAAUAGAAAAGAAAAUGGAA